GUUCUCACAAAAGCCACAAGCAAGCCCUUAGAAUUCGCAACGAUCACCCCAAUCAGUACGACGAGUCCCACUUAAAGUUUAAAAGGCAGAAUAUCACAGACACCCUAAACUACCCCUACAUGGCGGCGGUUAUAAUAAACGGAAGGCUUUGGUGUGCUGGGGCCAUUGUCGACGUGAACUGGGUGGUCACGGCGGCUCAUUGUUUGAAUUACGUUCUCCAGGUGUCUGCGUUGAAGUCCUUGAAGAAUUACGUGAAACUCCGCGUCGGUAGCGCUUUGCCCCAUGAAGGAGGGGUUCUCGUUGACGUGGAAGGAGUCGUCAGACAUCCGAAGUUCGAAGAAGAACCAGUACCGCAUGCCGAUGUGGCUCUUCUCAAACUAUCUACAAAUUUAGAAUUCACACCACACGUGAGCCUAAUAAAGAUAUAUGAAGGGACAAAGGAGCCUUACGCUCAGAGCUUUGUUACCGUUUCCGGGUGGGGUGCUGUUAAGGGUACAGAUACGGCGUUUAGGGAGCACACACCAAGCUUGCUCUCAGCGCGUCUCAAGAUCCGCUCACACAGAUACUGUGUGGACGCCUUCCAAUUAGUCAGCGGACUACAGAUAACCCGAGACUUCUUCUGUGCUUCAUUGAGGAAUGGCACCCGGGACGCUUGUCUGUUCGACGCAGGCGCUCCUGCAGUGCAGAAGAAUAAGCUGAUGGGAAUAAUGAGUUUCGGUCCUGAAAACUGUGGUGAUGAACAUCAGCCGGCUGUCUUCAUCAAAGCAUUCUACUUCAGAGAUUUUGUCAAACACACGAUAUCUUCAUACAAGACGACAGCAGACCUAAUAGAAGCGAUGAAGGAGGUUGAACCUGAAUUAAACGAAAAGGAGGAAUAUCCUAAAGACGUCAGAAUAAAGCCGCAAGAUCUUCCUAACGAUAUAAUCUAAAAAUAUUAAAAAACAAAUAUAUUAUUAUAGGCCCUUUAUCGUUUGGAGUUUAAAAAAUUGUUAUCUAACAGUGACAAACUGGCAAUACAAGAUAACGUUAUUAUAUUAAAAUUUCAGCUAAGUUUUAUGUGAUAAUUUUUCCGAUGACCUUUUGUCAAAUAUGUCAUAAGAAUUACAACUGUACACCGCCAUUUUUGUGUAACAUCUUCAUCAAACCAUAAAAUAUUGGGUUGUGGACACCCAUCACGUGUUAAGAAAGAUCGCAAACAUAAUAAGUUGUAAAACAAAACUUCUCACAAAUGUUUUUUUACUUUGUGACGACAGCAAUAAAGUCUAUGUUUGUUAGUCAAA